AUGUCUGAACAACAUCAUCAACAACCACCCUCUGGAUCGUUGGAUGGAGGAAAUUCCAAUCCGUUCAGGGAACGUUUGAACGUUUCAGAAAGUAUCACUCUGCCAGUGCUCCGGAAUCGUUGGGACUGGACAGAAUGGAGCACAAAGAAGAGAGAAACCAGCACAACAACCAUCAACAAAAGAGCCUCCAGUCAUCAAGAAAAAUCAUUCCGAAAGAAUGUCCAGGAGGCUGAGAGACCACCAAAGCAAGCAAAGCACUCUGUCAAUGUAAACAAGUUAUCCGAGUUGACGUUGUUAAGUGCAAGUGCUAGAAUCGGAGCAUUGAAACCGAUACAAAUGGAGGACGAAGUAUCAUACCAUGAUGAUGACACACGCAAACAUUAUCCUAGGCUAUUACUUGUAACAAAAGAGUUUUCUGACGAAGAAAAAGAUAUUAUCAUGAGCGGACAACCAAUCGAAAGCAAAAGUAAAUUCUUACCUCUAGAAGUAUUUGACGAUUUUGACACAUUCGAAAGAUUUUCAAACGAGGAACUACUGUCAAACAAGCACGCUACAUUUUCCAAAUAUUAUACAGGAUCCAAAGAUGAAGCCUAUCGAUGGGCACCUUGUAGAAUAGUGGCAUUUAACGAACAAGAUAACAAAUUCCUCAUUGAAUGGAUUUCAGAAAAUUCUUCUGAUGAGGACUCAACAAAUAAUGUAAAAAGUCAAGAAGAGAAGAAGCGCAAGUGGGUAACUCGACUCAAUCUAUUUGUAGAAUCUGAUGAUGUUUUUGAGCUUCGAGUCAGAUGUGCUCAAAUGAGACGUAAAAAGUUUGAAGAACGGAUGUAUUACUACUUGCAAAUUGAUAAGGCUAUUGACGACGAUUUAGUAGAUAUUUCUCCCUUUGAAAAGCAAAUCUAUGAAAAAGUGCUUAAAUUGGUCGCUAACGAUUCACAAUUUCUCACUAGGCAUGUACCCGUGAUUGAGAACUAUGUCAACGAAGCAAAAGAGCAUUACAAGUCUUCAAUCAAGGAAGGCAUUUUUUUGUACUAUCUCAACAGCAAGGAAGAAUAUGAAAAAUAUCAGAAAUAUUUAUGGUGCAAGGAUGAGCUCAAAAAGAAUAAUGCUAAAGCUCCACAUCUUGGAGUUGUUGAGGUUCCAAAGUAUAACUACAAUGAGCUUCAUGCAAUUAUUGAGCAAAAUAUAUUUUAUACCAAUCCAGAUCUGGUUGAGGCUCUUCAUAACAUUCACACACAACUUUAUUUAUUAAUCAGCAGCUUGCAGGAAGACGGAAAAUCCAUGGAUUUAGUCAUGACUGAAAAAUUUGAAACACCAAUUGAUUUAACCGCUUUUUUGACUAUUCAAACCGAAACGCUCUCUAACUCAAUGAAGAGAAUUCGAGAGGAUUGGUGUCAAAAAGUAACAUCUAUUGUACAGAACGAUUUAGAUGGCUUUUUCCAUUUCUUCGAGGACGACAUGGAACGUUUUGAGUCUUCUCGUAUGAAAAAAUUUUUGAGAUUGACCAAUAUUGUGCUCUCUGUCCAGCUGAGAGAUUAUGUUUUUGACGAGCUUCAAAAAUUACAUGAUUUCAUAUAUCCCUAUCAUGCAAGAGAAUGUAAACAUUUUGAUGCGAAUGAGGUCACUGGCUUUGAACCACUCUUCACCAUAAAGAUAAUUGAGCAAGAACACAAUGGUGGCUAUAGCAUUGCAUUUAGCCCAUCUCUGGAACAGAUUUUAGAAGGAGUUCGACAAGUAUUCUUUGGGGUGUUGGAAGAGACCAACUUUGUAAACGGAAUUGGUGAAAAUCUUUUCCCUCUUCUUACUCUCAGCUCUGAGCAAUAUUCUAUCAAUAACCUUCAAUUGAAGUCAGAAGAGCAAACUCAAAAUUUAUGGAAGGACAUUGAAGAAGUGGUUAUUUCGAACUUUACUGAACCAGAGCUGUUGAUCAACCUCUACAAGAAUUACGAAUACUGCUUAACACUUGAUCCCGUAAUAUUUGCACAAAACUUCUUUAAUGAGAGGUUUGGAAAGAUGGACAUCCCUACUCUGUUAGCCCAGUUUAGAGAUGAAUUGAAUAGACUCAAACAAGCAUCUCAAGAAGUUUUCGACAUUUCAACAGAUUAUGUCAACUUUAAUUUACUUCGAAUUGAUUGUACAGAAAUUAAGGAAGCACUAUUUAAUAGAACUGACGGAGCAGCAAAAGAAUUGAUGAAACUAAUUUCAAAAUGGGGAACUGAAGAAAGUCACAGAAUAUCUCUGGCGUUUAAGGCUGUCUACGAAAAAGUUCAAAUGAUUCCCCAAACAGCAGAAGAGUUGGACGAUCUUAAAAAGUACCUACUUGACUGUACAAAAGAAAUUGAACGUCUGCAGAGCCAAUUUGCCACUGUUAAAUCCAGUUUUGGGCUCUUAUCAGAUUUUACUUUUAACCUUGAAAGCGAAGACUUUUCGUCAUAUGUAGACACUCAUUCUUGGCCCAAGAAAGUCUAUAGUCUACUUGAAGACAGUACUAUUCGAUUGGAAGAGGACAAGAGAAAGUUCAUGGAUGAACUGCAAAGAGAUAUCAAUACUUUGAUUCAUAACUUUGAUAUUUACGAAAAAGAAAUUGAAACAUUUGCUUCAUUCAACGACUUGGACAAGACAGAUGAAUAUCAUGAAAAGAUCAAGCAAAUGGAAGCCAAACUUGAGGAGGCCAAGAAAAAUGCUGAUCUCUAUAACAAUCGUGAGCGAAUGUUCAACAUGAAUACUACCGAGUUCACCAAACUAAAGGAUAUCGAAAAGCUCUUUAAACCAUACUUUGACCUUUGGACAGUUGCUUUUGAAAAAGCUCAAAACUUCCCCAAGUGGAACGAAGGAACGUUUAUGCUUUUGGACGCUAAUUAUAUUGAAGAAUGUUUGAACAUGUGGACAACCAAUUUAAGAAAUUUAGAAAAGAUAUUACUGCCAAAGGAUGAGACAGCCAAGGAAAUUACCAAGCAGGUUAAGAAGGAGGUGUCCGAAUUCAAGAAACACAUGCCCUUGAUUAAAGCAUUAAGAAAUGAUGGACUCAGACAAAGACACUGGCAAAAGAUUGCCAAGUUACCAGUGGAAUUCGGUAAAUCAUCAGCUCCUCUCGAUAUUGAAAGUAUCAACAUUAUGAACUUGGGAGAUUUCACAAAACUAGGUUUUGAAGAGAGAAACAUUUUGGAAAGAAUUAUUGAGAUUUCUGAUAUCGCCAGUAAGGAAGCAGUAAUUUCUCGUAAUCUUGAAAAGAUGUAUGCUGCUUGGAGAAAUGUCAACUUCCAUUUGGAAAAGUAUGGAGCUACGUACAAGCUUGUCGAAUUAGAUGAACUACAAGUGCUGCUUGACGAACAAAUUGCCAUUACUCAAAGCAUGCGUGCUUCACCCUAUGUCAAAGAACUUGAAGCUGAAGUGAUGGCAUGGGAAAACAAACUCAUUGAAAGACAAGACAUUAUGGUAGAAUGGAUCAAAUGUCAAGUUGCUUACUUGUAUUUGGAACCAAUUUUCAGUUCUCAUGACAUUUCAGCCCAGCUUCCUGAUGAAGCAACCAAAUUUGCCAUGGUCGACAAGAUGUGGAAGAAUGUUAUGGACAAUGCAUACAAAACCAAGGUUGUUGCACAGGUUGUUUCCGAUGAAAAUAUGAUCGAUAACUUUCAGACUGCCAACAAGAGACUGGACCAAAUUCAUUUUGGUCUAAAGCAAUACUUGGAGACCAAGAGAAGAGCAUUUCCAAGAUUUUAUUUCCUGUCCGAUGAUGAGCUUCUUGAAAUUCUCUCAGAGACAAAGGACCCACUUCGAGUACAACCGCAUUUGAAGAAAUGUUUUGAAGGCAUUGACAAGCUCGAGUUUGAUAAGGAAGGAAAAAUUGUUGCCAUGUUGAGUAAACAAGGAGAAAGAAUUGCCUUCACGAAACCUGUGAUACCAGCUGAGAAGAAUGGUAGAGUGGAAUUAUGGCUUUUGGAAAUUGAAAGUGAAAUGAAAGUAGCUCUCAGACAUGUCAUUGAACAAUCCAUCAAUGCCUAUAGCGCUAUCGCUGGUAAUAUUGAUAAGAGAGGGCAAUGGAUUUUGAAUUGGCCAGAAGUUGAAGAGUCGAUCAAUGUGCAAGGCGUCAAGGGAGUACAAAGAUACUACUCUAAAAUGACAAAGCAACAAAAGGCUCUUAUCGAAUUAGUGAGAGGCGAGAAUUUGUCGCUUUUGCAAAGUAUCACAUUGGGUGCAAUGGUUGUGAUCGACGUUCAUGCAAGAGACGUCGUUGCUGGACUUGUAAAGGAAGAAGUGAGUGAUAUUUCUGACUUUGAGUGGCAAAGUCAACUACGAUACUAUUGGGAAGACACCAAAGAUAUCAAUGGCAAAAAUCAAUUCCAAGUUAUUGUCAGACAAAUUACAUCCGUACUAAAUUACGGCUAUGAAUACUUGGGUAAUCAAGGAAGACUUGUGAUUACUCCUCUCACAGACAGAUGUUACAGAACUUUGACUGGUGCUCUACAACUAUACAAGGGAGGUGCUCCAGAAGGUCCUGCAGGUACAGGUAAAACAGAAACUACCAAAGACCUUGCUAAGGCCAUUGCCAAACACUGUAUUGUAUACAAUUGUUCAGAUACAUUGACCUAUGAAUCAAUGGCACAAUUCUUCAGAGGUCUAGCCUCAAGUGGUGCUUGGUCAUGUUUUGACGAAUUUAACAGAAUUGAAUUGGCUGUACUUUCUGUAGUUGCUCAACAAAUUCAAACAAUUCAAAUUGCUGUUGCGAGUAGAGCCACCAGAUUCUUCUUUGAGAACAUGGAGAUUAAUAUGAAUCCUACCUGUGCAAUCUUUAUCACAAUGAAUCCUGGUUAUGCUGGUAGAUCUGAACUACCUGACAACUUGAAAGCAUUAUUCCGCCCUGUAGCAAUGAUGGUCCCUGACUAUGCCUUAAUUGCUGAAAUUUCCCUGUUUUCUUAUGGUUUCUUGGACGGCCGUAAACUUGCUAAAAAGAUUGUUACUACUUACAAACUUUGCAGUGAAUUACUUUCAUCACAAGAUCACUAUGAUUAUGGUAUGAGAGCUGUUAAAGCUGUACUUGUUCGAGCUGGUUCUCUCAAGAGACAGUAUCCUAAUAUUAAUGAGGAGCAGCUCAUGUUGAGAGCCCUAAACGAUGUUAACCUUCCAAAGUUUAUUUCUGCGGAUAUUCCUCUAUUCAAUGGUAUCAUUACUGACUUGUUCCCAUCCAUUCAACACCAAAAGGUUGACUAUUCUGAACUGGAAAAGAAUAUCAAACUUACAUGUUCAGAAAUGAAUUUACAACCUGUCCCUUAUUUCAUUGAGAAAAUAAUUCAACUUUAUGAAAUGAUUAUUGUGAGACACGGUUUAAUGUUGGUUGGCGUACCUCUCUCUGGUAAGACAAAGGCAUACAUUGUGUUAAAGGCAGCCCUUGAAAAAAUGGGUGAAAAGAUUCAUGUAAAAGUACUGUCUCCAAAAGCUGUAACACUUGGUCAAUUGUACGGGUACAGAGAUACCAAAACUAAAGACUGGAAGCAUGGGGUGUUGGCUAUCCAAUUUGAAGACUUGAGCUCACUAGCCGAAAAUGACAGAAAAUGGCUCAUGUGUGACGGUCCAGUAGAUGCUAUUUGGAUUGAAUCAAUGAACACUGUGUUGGACGACAAUAAGAAAUUGUGUUUAACUUCUGGACAAAUUAUUAAGAUGGGAGAAAAUAUGAACAUGAUGUUUGAAGUGCAAGACUUGGCUGCUGCCUCUCCUGCUACAGUUUCCAGAUGCGGUAUGGUUUACAUGGAAGCUGAAAAAAUAGGAUCUUGGGAACCCUUCUUGCAAAGUUGGCUAACGAGUGCAGAAUUCCCUGCUCCUUUGAGAGAAUCUAAAGACUUUAACGAAGUGGAAGAAUGUCUGCGUACUCUCUUCUCAACAUUUAUUCCAGCCAUCAUGAAAAUGUUUAAGAUGUACCACAGCUCAUCUGCAUACAUUAGAGUGAGAAGCGACUCAAUGCUUGUGGUUUCUCUUAUCAACAUCAUGCAAAGCUUGAUGGAUGAAUUUGCAGAUCCAAAACAAAUUGCAUCGAUCAAUAAUAAGGAUAAGAUAUUUAUUUUGGAGUGUUUGUUCCAAUUUGCCUUAAUUUGGUCUGUUGGUGUUGUAUGUGACGAUCGAGUGAAGUUUGAUCAGCACUAUAGAAAUAUUAUUGAAGAAAAGUCCAGAACAAAGGCAUUCAAAUUCCAACUUCCAAUUCCAGAGAAGCCCAAUACUCUUAUUUUCGAUUUUGUUUUCGACAAGAAGACCAGAAAAUGGAUUGAAUGGACAGCAUCUGAUUAUGCUCCAAAGACUACAAUCAAGCCAACUGAAGAGUUCAGAAAUAUCAUUGUUCCAACAAUGGAUACCAUUAGAUUCCAAUUCAUGCUUAAAACUCUUCUUGAUCACGGAAAACAACCUCUCUUUGUUGGUCCAACAGGAACAGGAAAAAGCGCUUACAUUAAGCAAUUUUUGCUCAAUAUUGAUAAUUAUUAUCCUGAAGAUCAAAAGUCUAACAUGCUUCCUGCUUUUAUUAACUUUAGUGCCACCACAACUCCAGGGCUCACGCAAGACAUUGUCGAAUCAAAACUUGGUAGAAGAAAACAAGGAUACAUUGGUCCACCCAUUGGUAAAAAGAUGGUCAUAUUUGUGGAUGAUUUGAACUUGCCAACUCUUGAUGAAUAUGGUGCUCAACCAACCAUAGAACUGCUUAGACAAUGGCAAGAUCAAGGUGGUUGGUAUGAAAAAUCAAGCAAAACAGCAGCAUUCACUCAUGUAGUGGAUGUGUUAUUCGUUUGUGCUAUGGGUCCAACUGGCGGUGGUAGAAAUGAAGUUUCGUCACGAUUCUUGAGACAUUUCAAUGUCAUUGGAUUGACAUCUUUUGAUAACCAAACAUUGACAACCAUCUUCUCAGAGGUCAUGGACUGGUUCGUUGCUUCGAACAACAUUUCUGUGAUCAGCAAGAUUCUUGCCAGACAAAUUGUACUUGGCUCUAUAAGUUUGUACAAUAAUGUAAUUGAACAAUUCAGACCAACUCCAGAAAAGUCUCACUAUACAUUCAACUUGAGAGACUUGUCAAAAGUCUUCCAAGGUAUUGUUGGAGUUGGAACCAAAUUGGAUGGAUCUCAACUUGACAAGGUUUCUCUCGUUAAAAUUUGGGCUCACGAAGCCAUCAGAGUUUUCCAUGACCGUCUAGUUAAUGACCAAGAUAGAGAAGCUUUCUUCCAAAUUCUUGAUAAGGAGUUACAAGUUGGAGAGAUUAAAUACAUUAUGGAAGAAACAACAUUUGACUAUAGAAGUACCUUGUACACUGCAUUAACAGAUGAAACUUGUGAAAAGUUUAAAGAAGUAACGCUCAACAAAUCAACAGACCCCAAUAUUACAGACAUUGGCAAGUUACAUAGCAUUUUGGCAUCAAAAUUGGAAGCAUACAAUGAAAUUCACAGCAAGAUGGACCUCGUUUUGUUCAACUUUGCCAUUGAACAUAUUGCCAGAGUAGUUAGAAUUAUCACUCAACCUGGAGGUAAUGCACUGUUGAUUGGUUAUCAAGAAUUCUUGGAAGACAUUAGCAGUAUUUUGAACACUGGUGAAAUUCCUAACUUGUUUGACAAGGAUGAGUACAAGGAUAUCUGUGAAAAUUUGAGAACUCAUGCAAGAAAUGAGGGCAGAGGUCAAACUCCUGAAGAACUCUACAAUUAUUUUGUUGACAGAUGUAAAGAGUGUCUGCACAUUGUGUUGUGUAUGAGUCCUGUAGGAGAUAGUUUAAGAAACUAUCUAAGAAUGUUCCCUUCACUCGUCAAUUGUUGCAAUAUUGAUUGGUUCAGUUCUUGGCCAGAUCAAGCGUUACAUGCUGUUGCAGAAAAGUUCAUUAAAAGUAUUGGUGAGACCAGCGAAGAGGAUACAGAAAAGGGAAUUUCUAUUCCAAAAGACGAGGUAUUCGAGAAGGACUUUGACAAGUACAUUGACUUGUGUGCCUACUUCCAUACGUCUGCAAUUGAACUUUCCAAGACCUUCUUGGAGAAGAUGAAGAGACAUAACUAUGUAACUCCAACCACAUAUUUGGAACUUUUGAGAAACUUUAAAGACUUGGUAAAAGAAAAACGAAAAGAGUUACAUACUCUUAGAGGAAAGUUCGAACUAGGUCUUCAAAGAAUUGCAGAAACGGAUAAGGAUGUUAACCAAAUGCAAAAAGAAUUGGAAAUUUUACAACCCAAUCUCAUUGAGCUAUCUAAACAAAAUGAAGAAUUAUCAAAGAAAAUUGAGAUUGAGUCGAUUAAUGCAAACGAAAAAGCAAAGAAGAUUGAGAUUGAGCAGGAAGAAAUUAACAAACAAGUGGCAAAGAACGAAGAGGAUAAAAUGUACUGCCAACAAGAGCUCGCUCAAGCUGAGCCAAUUUGGAUCGAAGCUCAACAGAAAGUUAAGGAAAUUACCACACAGCAAAUUGCAGAAGUAAGAGGUAUGCAAGCUCCACCUGAAGGUGUAAAAAUGGUGUUGAAAGCCAUCUGCAUCAUGAGAGGAGAGAAGGUCAAAACCAUUGAUGAUGGCCUUGGUAAUAAGACUAAAGACUGGUGGGGUGCUUCCAAAGAAAUGAUGGCCAAAAAGGGUUUCUUGAAUUAUAUCAAAAACUUUGAUAUGAAUUCUCUUACUGCAGAAAUUGUGCAAACGCUCUCACCAAUUUUAGCUGAAAUGGAUGUUGAGAAAAUCAAAAGAUCAAGUGCUGCUGCUUUUGCUUUGAAUGAAUUCUUAAACGCUCUCGUCAAGUACUAUAAGGUGAAUAGCGUCGUUGAACCAAAACGAAAAGCUCUCGCAGAAGCAGAGGAAAAAUGUGCUGAAGCAGCUAGAUAUUUACAAGAAAAGAAACGGGAACUUGCUGAGAUUCAAGAAAUGAUCGGUCAGAAAGAAGUUGAAAGAAAAGAGUGUGAAGCAAAGAAAAAUGAAUUAGAAACAGAAUAUCAAAUGGUCAGUGUCAAGUUGGAGAGAGCAACCAAGUUGAUUGGUUUGUUAGAAGGAGAAAAAAUCAGAUGGGAAGAAACAUUGGCACACAUUAUUGAACAACAAACAUGCACGAACGGUGACAUUUUGUUAGCUUCAGGAAUUCUUUCAUAUCUGGGCGCUUUCACAUCUGAAUACAGAAGAAAAAUUGUUAAGAAAUGGACUCAAAAGUUAACACAAUAUGAAUCAAUGGAAGUUAGAAAUUGGAUUAUCAAGGAAGGUCUUCCUUCUGACGACUUCUCUGUAGAGAACGCAACCAUUGUCAAGAGAACAACUGGAAGAUGGCCACUCUUUAUUGAUCCUCAAGGACAAGCCAUGAAUUGGAUCAAAGAAAAGGAGAAACAACAAAAGAAGGAUGCAGACUCUCUACUCGUGAUCCAAAUGACAAAUCCUUCCCUUAUUAAGAGUUUAGAAAAGGCCAUCACGCAAGGUACUACCACCAUUAUUGAAGGUGUGAGUGAAGAAUUGGAUCCAGCUCUUGAACCGCUACUGACACUUCGAACAUAUUAUAUUGGAGGCGUCAAGUAUAUCAAUUUGAGCGACACACCCACAAUUUAUAACGAUUCAUUCAAACUGUAUCUGGUUACAAGUCUUUCUAAUCCUCACUACCUUCCAGAAGUAUCUACUAAGGUACAAAUUAUUAACUUUAUGAUCACUCCGUAUGGUUUGGAAGAACAGUUGCUUGCAAUUGUUGUCAGAAUUGAAGAAAAGAAGUUGGAAACUGAAAAGAAUAACUUGGCUAUUCAAAAUGCCAAAUAUCAAGAACAGCUCAAGCAUUAUCAAGAUAAGAUUUUGCAACUACUUGUCGAAACAACAAAAGAGAAAAUGCUUGAUGACGACACUGUGAUCAAUGCUCUUUCGUCUUCCAAACAAACUUCAAGAAAAAUUGAACAAAAGCAGAUUGAAACCAAAAAGACAGAAAAAGACAUUGAUACUAAGAGAAAUCUUUAUAGACCAGUGGCAGAAAAUGGAAGCACUUUAUUCUUUGCCAUUUGCGAACUUCCUAACAUUGAUCCAAUGUACCAAUAUAGUUUGAGUUGGUAUCAAGAACUCUUUACUCAAUGCAUUAAUGAGCUUCCACAUGAAGAGAAUAGAUCCAUCACACAAAAGAUUGAUCAACUGAAGGAUUACUUUACUUAUCAAAUGUAUACCAAGGUCUGCAGAUCCUUAUUCCAAAAGGAUAAGCUGUUAUUCUCAUUACUAUUGUGUAUUCAAUUAAUGAAAAAGAAGGGACACAUGGAUAACGAAGAGUUGAAAUUCCUCCUCACUGGUACCAGCUCCGUUGUCAACCAUGAAGAAGAUGAAAACAAGAAACUACCUGAUUGGAUCACUCAAAACAUGUACAAUGAAUUGUGUCAAAUUGAUGGCAUGUCUCCUCCCUUCCAACACUUUAAGAAAGAAUUCUUUGAUCAUUUACCUAAAUGGAAGAAGAUUUAUGACUCUCAAAAACCACAAGAAGAACCUUAUCCUGAUCGGUGGGACAAAUUGACUCAAUUCCAGAAAAUGAUGGUGUUGAGAGUUUUGAGACCUGACAAGCUCAGUCCAGCAGUAGAAUCAUUUGUUGAAAAGAAUAUGGAUAAGCGUUAUAUUGAACCAGUUCAAUUUAAUUUACGAGUCUCCUAUCAAGAUUCAUCUCCAACCAAGCCACUCGUGUUUAUUCUUUCUCCUGGUGUUGACCCAAUGGAACAAUUACGUAAAUUUGCAGAUCAAGAAAAUGUUACUCUCAAGAGCUUGUCUCUUGGUCAAGGCCAAGAAGAUUUUGCUACUGAAAUGAUCAAUCAAGGAACUAUCCAGGGUAAUUGGGUUGUAUUACAGAACUGUCACGUACUUCUUUCAUGGAUGCCCAAACUCGAAAAGAUUAUUGAUGAAUUGGCAAGAAAUGAAAGCAAGAUUGCAACCACUUUUAGGUUAUGGCUGACAAGUAUGCCAAGCGAGAAAUUCCCAGUGACCAUUCUCCAAAGAGGUGUAAAAAUUACCAACGAACCACCACGUGGUUUGAAAGCCAAUUUAUUGCAAUCAUGGAAUGCUGAUCCAAUUACUGAUGCUAAAUUCUUUACUACUUCCAAGAAGAGUCGAGAAUUCAAAAAGCUUUUAUUCGGUUUGACAUUUUUCCAUGCCCUAGUUCAAGAACGAAGAAAAUUUGGUGCUUUAGGAUGGAAUAUUAGCUACGAAUUCAAUGAUUCUGAUUUGAAUAUUUCAUUGAGGCAACUACAAAUGUUUUUGAACAGCAAGGAUGCAAAUAUUCCUUUCAAAGCUCUCACCUAUCUCACAGGUGAAUGCAACUAUGGAGGCAGAGUCACCGAUGAUCACGAUCGAAGAACCUUGAUGGCCAUUCUCUCUGAUUUUUACAAUGAAGAAAUUUUAGAAGACGGCUACAAAUUGUCACCUUCAGGAAUUUACACAGUUCCAAGUGGAGAUAAGAAGCAUAAUGAAUAUAUUCAAUUCCUUGAAAAGUUGCCAUCAUGGGAAAAUCCAGAAGUAUUUGGCUUGCACGACAAUGCCACCAUUAGUAAGGAUCAAACAGAAGCUAUGAACAUGUUCGACGCUCUUCUCUCAACUCAACAAAACAAUGCCUCUGAAGAGAAUGAAGACGAAGAUGGAAGAGAAACAUCGCAUGAAGCUGAUGCAUUGUACGAAUUGGCUGGAGACAUUCUUUCCAAGUUACCAGAAAACUUCCAAAUUGAAGGCGAAUCAGGAGCUGAAAACAAGUUUAAAGUCGAUUAUCAUGAAAGUAUGAAUACUGUCUUUGUGCAAGAAUUGAUUCGAUUUAACCGAUUGCUCAAUGUCAUUCGACAUUCACUCAAACAGUUACAAUUGGCAUUGAAAGGUCUCGUUGUGAUGAGUAGUGACUUGGAACAACUCAGUUUUUCACUUUCGAAUGGUAAAUUACCAAAAUUAUGGGCUAAAGUCAGUUAUCCAUCGAGAAAACCUCUUCGUACCUAUAUUCAAGAUCUUUUGAAGAGAAUUGAAUUUUUCAGACAUUGGUUCGAUCAUGGAAAACCAAAUGUGUAUUGGUUGAGUGGUUUCUUCUUUACUCAAUCAUUCUUGACAGGUAUCAAACAAAAUUAUGCAAGAAAACACAAGAUUGCUAUUGAUCAAAUUGAGUUUGAAUUUGAAGUAUUGAAUAAGCAUUUUGACCCUAAUACUGCUCAUGAAUUAUCAGAACCAGAAUCUGGAUGUUAUGUCUAUGGAUUGUAUUUGGAAGGAGCUGCAUGGGACAUGCAAAAAGGAACACUGACAGAUCCAAGACCUAAACAACUCUUUGAUGAAAUGCCACUGAUUUGGUUCAAACCUGUGAAUGUGGCUGCAAGUGAAAAUCAAUCAGAGAAUGGUACCAAUGUCAAUUCUUCUCAUUACGUGUGUCCAUUGUACAAGACGAGUGAAAGAAGAGGUGUUCUCUCGACGACAGGUCACUCGACCAACUUUGUCAUGAGUAUCAAGUUACCAAUGAGUGAUGACACCAAUGAAAAGUAUUGGAUCAAGAGAGGAUGUGCCUUGUUGUGUCAACUUGAUUAA